AUGGGAGACACUUCCGAUCUGUACGGCAGGAUCGCAUCCCUGGAGUUGAAGAUGCAGAAUAUCCUGCACCGCGCCCACAAUAUCUGCACCUUCCUGGGAAUGGAGCAGCAGCUCGACAUGAAGUCGGAGAUCCUGCGGGACUUCUACUGGAUGUGCAUCGAUGAGGCGGCGGGGUUGCAGAGGCAGAUCAUGGAUCUUAUCAGUGUAAUCGAUGCCACGGAGUGUGCGACGAAGGUUCUCGAGCACGUAAAGGCGAGAUCUUCGAAGAAUGUUUUCAUCUUCAACAUCUACCGAACCUUCCACGUCGUCCAACGACCCGCCGUUUCCUUCCUCCAAGGCCUCGCCUGCAUCCUGCUCGCCUUGCUCGUCGCCCUCCAGGCCCUCCAAAUCCUCAUCAUCCUCCACGCCUACGGGAGUGCUACCGGGAUCUUGACCGUGCCUUCUUGCUCCACGGGAACUACCGGAGGGGCUCCUUUCAAGCUUCGACUCACCUCCCCGGAGGAGUGUGUGCGCCUCUUCCUUGAGUCGGAGCGGGUGGAUGCGACGAUGGUGCUCCUCGCGCUCGUGCCACAGAAGAGGAUCUCGCUGGUGCCUUACUUUGUGCCUCCGGGUGAGGUCGAGAGCGUGAAGAGCGGGUGCCACGGCCUUCAUCCCAAGUUUCCCGUGCGGCUUUUGGAGGUCCUGGGUGACGACAUGGUCGACGGGGGCCUUGGGAUGGCAAAGUUGGAGAGUCAGCCUUGGGUGCGUGGGGUCUACGCACGGCUAUGCGACGCGCUCCCACCGGACGCCUGGUUCCCGUGCCCCCCGCCCAUCCGUGUCUACUGCGAGGACAUCCGCUGCCUUUGGCUCUAUGCCCACGGGGACUGGGGUAACGAAUCCCCGGACGUCGCGCUCCUCCCGCUGCUCAACGACAUGGUGGAGUUCCUGCAUGGCAGGCUCAGGCACCAGGUGUACGUGUUUGCUAGGUGCUGCAUGCGAGGCUCGUCCGUGAGUGUGGCGCUCAGCGUGAUGAUGACCUCCAGCGACUGCGGGUGGUUUCGGGACUUUUUCGUCGGUUUCGUGAGGGCCAAGGGACAGGCCGUGUACUCCGCCUACCCGGCCUUGAAGACCUACGUUGGGGACCUGGGGGUGCAGAGCCUAAGGGUCCUGGACUGUGUGAUGGAUCCUUCUGUGCGCAAGGUCAACGUCUAUUCCUCCCCCUAUACCUGCCCCUUGGAUAGGAAGGAUCCGUCGCUCGAGGUAGACCUGCGCAACGCGGGGGUGACACCGACAGAGAUGGGCAGCUACCUGAGCUUCAUGCAGGUGGACGCUUCCGGCUUUGCCAGCUCCCCUGCGAUACCGAUUCAGAAGAAAGGGUCCAAACGAUUCAAGAUUAGUAAAGCGAUUGCUAAAGACAAGGAGAACGUCAACCCACACUGCCUGUUUUAA